CCCAUGAAUUUAAGGACGAGGAGGGAAGCGGGGCACUAUAAAACAGAGAGAGAUUGGGAGAGACAGUCUAUAUACGAGCGUACUGCACAGGGACACACUGAGAGACUGAGAGAGACAGUCCAUAUACGAGCGUACUGCACAGGGACACACUGAGGGACUGAGAGAGAGAAGGAGAGAAGGAGAGAUGGUGCGACAAGAAAGGAAGCAGACUUCUUUUACAGUGAUCCUGGUGGUGCUGCUCUGUCUGUGCCCCCCUCCCCUGGCUCCCUCGCCCCUGUGUGGGGGUCUCGGGUGCCCCCCCUCCAUCCUCCUGUCGGACCUCCUGGACCGAGCGACACAGCUCUCCCAGCGACUGCACUCCCUGAGCAGAACCGCCACAGCGGGCCUGGACCCCCACUUCUCCCCCCUGCUGAAGCCCAGCCCCUCCUCUUUGUGCCACACCUCCUCGCUGGCCACGCCUGAACACAAGGACCAGGCGCUCACUCUGCAGCAGGGGGAGCUCCUCUCUCUCAUCAUGACUCUGCUGCGUUCCUGGACUCCCCCGCUGAUGUUCCUGGUCCGAGAGUCGCAGUCCCUCCACCCCCCACACCCCCUCUCCGGCGCCCUCUCUUGGCAGACGGCAGAACUGUCCCAGCAGAGCCAGAAGCUGGCCAAGGGCCUGGAGACCAUCCUGAACCGGUUUGACCCCCCAGCUGCCCACAAGGCCAGCUUUGGGAACGCGGACGAACUCUGGAAGGGCGGAGCCUCGGGCUUCCCGGGGAGCGACAGGAAGUCCCGCCUCCUCAACGUCUACUUCCUGCUGUCGUGCUUCCGGCGCGACUCUCACAAGAUCGACAGCUUCCUGAAGCUGCUGCGCUGCCGGGCCCUGGAGAACGGGGCGGAGCCCUGCUGAGGAAACCGACGCCCGCCGGCCGCCAUCGUGGCUCUAGCUCCGGCCCGGCUGAGCGCGGAGGCCGGCCUCCGGUCAGAGCCACAGUGGAGACGGGUUCCUAACGCUGUGACCCAGCCUGCAGGACUUCACUGAUCCCCUUCUAAUAGAUAAACUCCCUGCUGCUCUUCUAAUAGAUAAACUCCCUGCUGUUUGCUUUCUGAACUGCUUCUGUCGCACUGAAACGCACAAGCUGAACACAUACACACACACACACACACACUGACACACAGAGACCAUGCACACACACCCUGCACAAACACACCUUUAUAGCCGAAGGAGGAAACUGCAGAUCAUCGGCGGCCAUUGUGGCUCAAGUCCCCUAUUAGUUUACACAGGCGGCUGCACACGGGUCAGAGCCAAAAUGGCGCCAGUUUCCACACUCAAUGAAGGAGACUGAGAACAGAUAAAACUGGAUGUGCUAAUUAUUAAAAAAAAAAGCCAUUUUAUUUUGUUAUUUGAGCUCGCAGGACGGCGAGACUCCUUUCCUUUACUGUCAUGCACUUUCUAAUGAAGUUAAAAUGAUACCACACACACACACACAAACCGAUAGACACACGCUGGAGCCCCUUUCCAGAUUGCUGAGGCCUGACAGGAAACUACGGCCCGGCGGCGGCCAUUCCGGCUCUAGCGCCCUAUAGUUUAGAACAGGCUGGACACGGGUCUAGAGCCAAAAUGGCGGCAGCUUCCAGACCACCCCCUUCUCUGACGUUUUCUGUAAAUUUCACAGCACAGGCAGAAAUAUACAAACUCUGCUGUGGUUUUAUUUUUGAUUUUUAUUCAGAGAACUAGAACAUCAAUAAAACGUUUCAUGUUA